AUGUCGACGGGUGACAUUGACGAUGAGCUUUUCGCCCUCGCUGGCGGCGACGAAGAGGCGGACAUUGAGGAGGGUGAAGCCUCAUCGCCCGCAGCGUCAUCGCCAAACUCGCUAGGAUCAGAUGCCAUGGACGAGUCGGACUCGGACCGCGACGAUGACGUUCCAGAGCGAUCAGCCGACGUGCCUUACCCCCUGGAUGGCAAGUACAUUGACGAGGCGGACAAGCGACACAUUAUGGGCAUGUCCCAACUAGAGCGCGAAGAGAUUCUCGGCCAGCGCGCAGAAGAGGCACAACGGGCGCAGUUCAGAGCCGACUUAGCCAGGCGCGCUGCGCAAGACAACAACAGCAGGAAGCGCAAGGCUGACUCGGACGAGCCCGACGAUGCCAUGCACAAGAGUAGCCGACCCAAGGUCCAGCCGCGAAAGAAUGACAAGCUCGAGGCGUACAAGCGUGAGCGCGAGCAGCGUGGCCAGCAACGACAACGCCAGGAUGAUCGCCGCAGCCGCCGACGGUCGAGCUCUGGUGACAGAGGCGCGGGAACUGACAACGACGCGGACGGCGACAGCGAUGUCGAAUGGGAUGAGCGACCAGCAGAGAAGGCACGCGAAGACCAGCCUGCUUCGCUCCGUGAUAUCGAGUCUGUUCGCGUUGGCCGCGGUUUCUUCUCCGAGGUGUGCUUCCACCCUGGAUUCGAAGACGCCAUGACUGGAACCUUUGCACGACUUGGCGUGGGUCAGGACUCGCAGCGGAGGACGCUUUACAAGAUGGCGCAAAUCAAGGGCUUCUCCACUGGCAAACCCUACGUCUUCGAGGGCAAGAAUGGAAAGCGUAUUGCUACCGACCAGUACGCCAUUGCGCAGCAUGGUUCGGUCAAGAAAGACUACUCAUUCCAGUUCAUGUCAAAUCAGCGCUUCACCGAACAAGACCUCGACAUCUACAAGGCAUCUUUGACCGAGAACAACUCCAAGCUCCCCACUCAGUCAUAUCUUCAGCGCAAGUACAAUGACCUCAUGGGUCUCCAGAACCACCACUGGACCGACGCCGACAUAUCCGCUCGCAUUGCCAAGACGAAGAAGUUUGCUCAUCUCCUGCAACGCCAAAACUCGGACAGUCAGCCCCGGAUAGCUACACAGUCGGAAGCCGCUGCCGCUCGUGUCGCCGAACUGAACCGCAAGACGCGCAUCAACGAGGCCGAGCGAGUCAAGAAGACUUUGCAAGACCAGCAGCGUGAGAAGAAGAUUGAGCAGCGCAGGGAAGCUGCGCGGCGGAAGGCAGAGGAAGAGGCCAAGAAGGCACAAGCCGAGGCUGUGGCCAAGAAGCAGACCUUGGAAGUCGAUGCCCUCUUCGACGGCGACGGCUCAUCACGCGCAUCGACGCCGAAACCCCAGGCUGACAAGAAGAAGUCGGAGCGCAAGGGCCUGCCGACUUUCCGAAAGCCCAAGAUGGACGAUGACAUUAUCGCUAGCAUGGACAUGGGUGUUGACAUUGAGAUUUGAGAGAUGGACGUUUCUACCGACCAUGGAUAUUGUGUAAUGCGUUGUUCGAAUCUGGGUACAUGGCAUUGUAACGGCGUUGGCAUCUGCUGGAGCCUUUGGGUCUUUCCAAAAUGGGGCACAUACAGCUCUGACUGACAUAUUUAUACCCGGUUUUGAAAUUCAUUGAUUCAUUGAUUC